AUGAAUACCAUUUUGCAAAACUUUAAAGAGUAUCCGAUCUAUCUUUAUCUUUUACUGGGUGUUACAUUCAUUGGAGUCUCUGCUUCUAUGUUCUUGAAGAGAGAUCUAGAAAUGGAGGAAUAACUUUCAUAGCUUGAUAGGCAUAAACAAAAGAAUAAGGAAGCAAAAGCUUUGAAAGCCUAAUCAAAAAAUAAUCAAAGCUAGGAGAACAAACCUUAAAAAGUUGAAUAAAUCAAGGAGGUUUAAAAAUCAACUAAAGUUAUUGUCUAAGAGAAGCCAGCAUAAGUUAAGUAAGAGCAGCAACUUGUAGAAAGCAAAUAAGACCCUGCUGCCAAAGAAAAGUAGCAACCCAAAUAGUCUAAGUAAGCUCCUAAACAACAACAGAAUCAAUAAAAAGUUGAGUAAUUACAGAAUUCACAGUCUAAGACUGAGGAAAAGAAAAAAGAAGAACAGCUUAAAGUUUCAUAGCCAGUUCCUGAUGUUUAAUAUGAGCAAGUUGUGGAUAAGAAAUCAAAGAAAAGUAAAAAUAAGAAUACAGAGAGUAAACAUUAACCGAAGCAGAACAAUAACACGUCACAAUAAAUAUAAGAGGACAACUAAAAAUCUAUUUAGGAAUCAUAGCAGAUUAAGUAGUCUUCAUUUGAUGAUUAGGGAUGGACUGUUGUUUAGACAAGAGAUACAAAGAAAAAAGCUGAAUGA